GGGGGACUGGCUGCAUGGAGAGAGGUCUAGGGGUCCAUUCUCCGGGUGGGGCAUCCGUGUCCUCUGCAGGUUUUUCAUUGUUAUAUCCGCAUCUAAACUGCACUUCAGAGAAGGAUUCUGCCGAUUGGUUGCGGGUGGGGGAGGAGGAAGCGGGAGCAGUGAGGAGGACAUGGAGUAGAGUCCUCUACAUCCGCCCCCAGGCAAAUGAGCAGCAGUCUCCAUCCCAGGAGAUACUCCUUUAUGUGGUCAAACGGAAAGAACUGCCGGGCUGGCGGGACCAAGUCCCUCCUGGUCCACCACUGGGAGCUGGGAGCAGCGAUGCUGGGAGGAGAGCCCAGAGAGGAUCAGAGACCCCACCGGGGGUCAGUGGGUGCCCCACCCUCCUCCCCACAGACCGUGCCCUGCUGCCUCCCAGGUCUGAUGAUGGAGAAGCCAAGAACCUUCGCCCUGGCUGCCCCAGCGGAGGACAUGAAACUCCCCAGCUCUCGGGUGAGAUUGGCAAGGAAGGCCUGAUCCCCUGGGACGCUGUGGAGGAAAUUCUCCAGGGGCAGGCUGGGGCUGGGGUCCGGGUACACUACUGGCCAGUCACCUGGUCCUCACCUCCCUGCUCCAUUCUUCCCGGGCCCCACCAGUGGAUUGCAGGAGCUGCGCUGGCCUGACU